CAGCUUAAUAAGCAAGGUUACAUGCUUUGUGUACAUACAGUCAUACAGUCUCGAGCCGAGUGGUAGUGGUCAGUAUGGUGGUGACUAGUGGUCCGUAGUUUUAGUGUAGUGAAACGAUUGGAAUGUGAUAUCAUCAUGCUGUUUGUGAUCACUCUCCUGUCUACAAUACCGUUUAUUUUAAGCGAGAUAUGCACAACAUGUGUCCGAAGCAACUUCUCGUGUUACAAUAUCACCUAUCUCUUCGACAUACAAGCGCCGUUCAGGGAUCGCGUCGUUAUCCACAAAUUAGGCAUAUUACGCUCAACAAACACGCUGUUCUACAGUUUCGAACCUAACAUCAACGAUGAAGAGUACUAUAAAGUCGGUUUCAUCAAUUUGGACGAUCCCGUUAACAGCACGGUUAUUUCUGGCGGGAAAUUCAUCAUGAAUUUUGGAACGUUUGACGUUGAUCAAGAAAAUGGACUCGUCUAUCUCGGAGGCAGUGAUGGUAUUUACGUCUUAGAUACCAAGUCAUAUAAAGUGGCGCCGUACAGCUCCCGCGGCGAUAGCGUACUUAGCUUGUUUUAUAAGGGCCACGUAUACUUUGUUAGGAACGGCGAAUACAGAAUCGUUAAGAAGAAAGGAGAUAACUUUGAUGUAAUUGUCGAACACAUGCCGGUGAAGAACUUUGUUGUUAAUAAAGACUAUGUUACUGUGUUCGUCAGUAUGUAUGGAUUGUUUGCGAGUAAAAACGAUGAAACGGUGUGGCUGUCGAAAAAUUCUUAUUUUAGAGGAUUGGCUAUUAAUUUAGACGAUGAAAUAUAUGCUUGGUGGUUAGAUGGUAUUUAUAAGGUUACUAUAGAUAGAAACCUAGCUGAUUCCAAAGUGGAAAAAGUGAUUGAAUUGGAAGAUAUAGAUGCACUUACUUUCGAUAAUGAUAACAAUUUUAUGUUCACAUCAGGGAGAAGUCUGUAUAAAUUAUUAGAUGUAAAUAUGACGUUGUGUGACGAUGGUACUUCAAACAAGAAAAACAUUACUAGAUGGUAAAUUGUAGAAAUAUUCCCGAUGUUGAAAAAGACAAUAGAAAUCAUAAUAGCGUAACUAAUUAUAUUAAAGGAUAAUCCCGUUAUUUUGAGGAAAGACAUAACCGUUAAAUUUCCUGCUUGAAGACAUUGAUAUUCAUUUAUUUGUCCUCGCUCUUGGUCCUAAUGGCUUAAUUGUGUUGAUGUGUUUAUGUGGAGAUCAUCUAUUUUAACUAGUCGGUAAGGGCUAAUUUACUUUGAACGUGUGACUGUGUCAUGUAGAUACGGCUAGCAAAAUAAUAUGAGAGGCGUUAUUCAGGGAAUUGAUUAAGGAUAUAAUUUUGAAUUUGUGCAAUUGUAAAGUUGUAAAAGAUUGUAUUAACUAUACAAUGAACUUUGGAAUCCUGGGAAAUACUCAAAAUAUUAACGAAUUUUUUAAUAAAAUUAGUUUGAAGCCCAUUACGCAGUAUAUAAUUAUAGCUAGUUAAUUAUCGCAUUUGUUAUUUUAUAUAAUACUAGUUCUCCGCCCGCGGCUUCGCCCGCGUUUUCAAAGAAAAACCUACAUAAUUCCCGUUACUGUGGGAUUUCCAGUUACCCUCUACAUGUGUGCUAAAUUUCAUUGUAAUCGGUUCAGUAGUAUUUGCGUGAAAGAGUAACAAACAUACACAUACACAAACAUCCAUCCCCACAAACUUUCGCAUUUAUAAUAUUAGCAGGAUUCCGGUUACAUGUAGUACUUUUAGAUGAAAUAAAUUUGUAAAAAUUUCAGAACGAUGACAAUUAUCUAAUAAUUAAGCCAGAAUGUGUGAAAUAGAAAGUAGCAACACGAAUAAACGGUACAAGGGA